AUGGAAAAACUUUUGGGUAUAAAUGCUACAAGAAGAGGAGUCAAGACAUGUCAACUCUGCAUGAAGAAGAUUGGUUAUCGAUCAAAACAGUGCAAGUUUUGUAGUCCCAGCAAGCAAAGAAAGAGAUCAAGAAAAUCUCAGCAAAAUAAAGAAUCCAGCAACGAUGAGGAAAAAGGCACUGUCAGUAUAGAGUUGGAUACUACGAAUGUCGAUGUUGUAGUGAUGGAAAGUGAAACUGAGAUAGCCACAUCUGAGAUCUUGAACACUGCAGAAGAUGCUUCAAAGCAAGUUGUGGAAGAUUCUGAACUAGCUACAACAGCAUCUUAUGAAGAAGAAUGCCAACAGAAUAUAGCAUCUGUUGUUGAUGGUGUAGAAUCAGAACCAGCUCCACAAAAUGACAGUGAACAAGUGAUUGGGAAAAAGAAUUACCACACAAGUCUGCAGGAUUUAAUCCACACUCUCCUUGUACAAAAUCAAAACAGCAGUGUCUACAUCGCACCAGACCAUCAGGUGGAAGCUGAUAAACUGGGUAUGGAACAGCAAAAUUGUAAUUCACAGGGAGGACAAGAUGGUGACGAAGAGAUUGAACAGCAGCAAGAACAGACACAAGUAUCCACUGGCCCACUGGGCAGUCCUGAUAAUGCUUAUGACGCAAAUUCUGUUGCAUUGUUCUUGGGUCAUCUUGCACAGCAGAAUGGCAAGAAAAUAAGAACUGCAUUAAACCCAGUGACUGAUAACACUCAGCCUGGCACAAGUUCGUCAAGUCUGAUAGGAGUCAAAACAAAACAUAUUGUUAUCGAGGAUGACAUGUCUAGCCAGGCAAAGUACAGGAAAAUAAGACCAAAGUCAUUUGAUGAAGGCCAAGCUGUUCUAGAAAUUCAGUCAAGUGUGGCAUCAGCUGUUGAGGAAGAGAUGGCUGACAGUGUUGUUGAAGUGAAGCCUACAGACUCCCAGCUAAGAAUGCUUCCUGGAAAUGCUACCAGAAGAGGAGUGAUGCCUUGCCAGAAGUGUCAGUGUCUUAUUGGCUGCCGCUCUAAAGUAUGCAAGCACUGCAAGUUUCUGUUAAACGAGUCUAAUCCUCCAUUCAAACGGAACAGGAAGCAUUUGCGACAAGCAAUUCAGCUUCACAUCCCAUCAAACUCAACAGUGUCUGUGUUCUCUGUAAGAAGAAGCAAGGCUGGACCAGAUCACAGGUGCUUUGUUUGGUGCGAAAGAAAUGACCCAGAAAACAGAAUGCGAGAUGUUUAUUCAUGUGACUACCCUCCCUGUGUAACAGCAAGGGAACUGGGUAACAAGCCUAUGUCCUUCUUAUGUGAACACGCAAAGAUUUCCCGUACUCAGGGAUUGACAAAUAAUUCAAUAGUGCUUGAACUCAAUGAAGAGAAGUUAACAAGUGAAUAUUUCUCUGAGGAGGUGUGCAACUCAUUAAAGGAAUUGAACAGGCAAUGCAAUAGCAAAAGUGUUCCUCUCGUGCAAGGCGUGUCAGACAGGACUUUUGUUGUUGUUGAUCAACUUCACACAGAUCAGGGCAGUAGCCUAGCAACUGAUCUCAUUGGGUUUGUCCAUGUGCGAUUUGAAAGAACCAAAGUCAGUGGCUCUUGGCAGACUCAAGUGUUUUGCUCCGGGAGACCUUGUACAGCCUGGAACCCUAUCUUCAGUUGUGUCACCAAUAAGAACACAUCUCUUCCAACUGUGCUGCGAUCAGUGAACUGUAUUCACUACUCAGCGUGUCUGUGGGGGAUAAUCUCUGAUGAGAAACUUGUGCAGGAAUUUGAACCAUAUCUCGAAGGUGCUAAAGCUAAAGUAAAUAGUGAUGUUCCUUGAACAUCCAUACCUUUUACAUGUGCAUGUAAAUUGCUUUUCAAAGGGUUUGUGCAUAGUGUCUGGAAACAGCAUGGUAGUAUGACAUGUUUUUCCAGACAGCUUUGUCCAAUCUUCAGCAUGUCUUAGGUCUGUGAAUUAACCUUUUCCUCUCUGAAAGCCUUGAGUCAUGUGUAGUUAGUUGGGUUUUUCCAAUGUUCAACUCUAUCAGUUGUGGUAUAUUGUGAAGUAACGCACUCUAGACUUGAAUCAUGUACCUUUUAAUGUUGUAAUUUUCUAAAAAGAAUACUCUGAGAGAAAAGUGAAACAUAUUGGCAGUAACAUUUGGAGAGAAAGUGCAGGUUGUUGUCGGCUAUUUAUGACUUUGUGAUUUAUUGACAACUUUGGGUGAGAAUAAAUAGGCCAGGCCACUUUUAUUAUUGUUCAUGUUUGGAACGUUUUGUUUUGUAAAUCAAUUAGCAACAAGCCAAAGCUAUAUUGUGGAGUUAAAGACUCCGGACUUAAGUCUUGUAUCUUUUAAUGUUGUAAUUUUCUAAAAAGAAUGCUCUAAGAGAAAAACGAAACAUUUCAUCAGUAAUAUCUGGAGAGAAAGUGUAGGUAGUUGUCAGCUAUUUAUGACUUUGUGAUUUAUUGACAACUUUGGAUGAGAAUAAAUAGGCCAGGCUGCUUUUAUUUCUGUUCAUGUUUGAAACAGGCCUGUUCAGUUUGAACAGGCUGCUUUUAUUACUGUUCAUGUUUGUAAAUUUCCUCUUCACACUGUCUGCAUGUUGUGGUUGUAUUGUCUGGUACUGUUGUAUUUUUGGUAGACUACUGAUAAUAAUUAUCUAGUGUUACAAUGAGAAAUUUGUUCAGCAACAAAACCAGUUCAUCUCAGAUAGAUGGUGUUACUUGAGGACAGUAAGCUUGACCUUGAUGUGCUUUAGCAUAAUGAAGAUGGUUGUCUAUCAUACUAUUUAUAGAUCGUUUUCACAUGACGUCAUCAUUUUCUAAAAUCGAAAACUAAAGAGCCACAAAAGUUUUUAUCCCCAUCAGGCAUAAGAGGGGGUAAAUUAUUGUUAACAAUUUUACAGCUCAAUAGUGUGCUUGUUUGGAAAACAGGGUAUUUUUGGAUUUCAGAAUUAUGGUGGUGCGUGACACAAAGCUACGAUCGCAUUUGUCGAAAAAUAUAUACCUAUCUCAUGAUUUUUAGCUUUUUUAGAAGUUAGACAUAGACCAAAAACGUUGAGAAGUAUCUUCUUUAUUUAUUUCCUAGAAUAUCACAAUUUCUUGACUUUAUCCACUGAAUGGUUUUCGAUUUAUUUUUUUAUUGUGUGACAGUGAAAACAAUCUGUAGAUGUCAGCUUGAAAUUGGGUUACAUAAUAAAUCAUUUACAUGUUUGCUAAUGAAUUGUUGACUGUGCAAUUGGUAAUAGAUUUUUACCACACAAUAAAUGAUUCUUGUUGAGAUGA